GCGUCCAAAAAAAAAUCGAUAAGAUUUAUCACCUCAUAAAGUCCAUAGGGUUGCAACCAGCUGUUUCACCAUCACACUCAUACUUGCACUCACACAUCUUCAAAUACAGCCGGCAAUUCCUCCACUCAACCAGCGUGCGCGCGUUCAGUUCAGAGAGAAAUCCAACCACAGUUGCCCCUCAUCAUAAAAACCAAUCAGUUAUUCGCGCAAACAUAGUCCAUAGUGCAAGUAGUACUUCAGCAGUUGCUCCGUGUUGAUAAGUUCCUUUUGAACCUCUUCAGAUAUGCUGCACCUGUCCUAUCGGCUAGUUUCGCGAGGCUUGAAGCACCAUCCCUGCUGUAAUCUCCGAACUUCCAGGUUUAACCAGCUCAGUACCGUCGGAUACGGCUGGCUGGCUGCAACAACGGCCCAAGCGGACCACAAUCAGGUCAUUCGGGGCAUCUGCUGCUCGGCUGAUCAUCAACCACGGGCAAUCAGAAUGAGUUCGAGGAGUGCUAGUACGAAGCCGGGCGGUUGUGGUCCGAUUCGGAUACACAGCUUGACGAAGAAUCUGCACUUUUACAGCGGAUCGAGCAGGAAGUGGGACAAGGAUGCGAAGACGUUACGGUUGAGUGAACCGCUGGAGAAGCCUUUGGUUCUGCUGCUGUGCUGGCUGCAGGCUUCGGAGAAGCAUUUGCGCAAGUUUGCCGAAUUCUACCAGGAACAGGGCUUUGAAGUGUUGGUGGCGCAUAUUACGCCGUGGCAGUUGAUGUGGCCGGUGUACGGAUCGCAAGCUGUGGCUGCGGAUAUAGUAAAGUUCCUGAAGAACAACACACUCGAGCGGGGCGUUGUUCUGCACGGAUUCUCCGUCGGAGGGUAUUUGUGGGGAGAGUGUCUUGUGAGGUUGGACCAGGAUGAAGACGGCAAGGCUACGCUGGACAAGAUCAAGGGUCAGAUCUGGGACAGUGCGGCAGACAUUACGGAGAUCCCGGUUGGAGUACCGCACGCCGUGCUACCAAAGAACCCAACCCUGCAAGGUGCCCUGCGAAGUUACAUCACCUACCACUUGAAGCUGUUCCACGAGGAAGCCACCCAGUAUUAUGAAAAGUGUAACCGGCUGUAUUUUUACGAGCCAGCUCGUUGUCCCGCGCUGCUGCUAGUCUCCAAAACCGACCCUGUUGGGACGGAAGCCGCUAAUCGGCGCCUGAUGGCCACCUGGGACUCGGUGGGCGUAAAGACCACCAUCAAGUGCUGGGACCGGUCGCCGCACGUGGGACACUUCCACCGGCACCGGGACGAGUACAUCGAGCAGGUGCUGAACCACCUCGGCUCGCUGGACAUUGCAGGUUACACGGCGCCAAAGGCGAAGCUGUAA